CUCAUCGGUAGCUUGGAGGCUAGGUUGGCAGUAGGUUGUUUUCCUGAUAGCCGCCCGGGGUCCUCAUUCGUCGCCGCUGAACUCCGACACUGCAAAAUCUGUCAUUAACGUUACAGCGGCACACAAGACGGACUAUAGGUUACAGAUGGACCAGCAGGACCAGUCCUAUAUGUUUGCCAGUCUGACACGGCCUCACUCAGAGCAGCUGCUGCAAGGCCUCCAGCUCUUGCGGCAGGAUCACGAACUAUGUGACAUUGUCCUGCGCGUGGGUGAUGCCAAGAUCCAUGCCCACAAAGUAGUGUUGGCCAGCAUCAGUCCUUACUUCAAGGCCAUGUUCACGGGUAACCUGUCAGAAAAGGAAACCUCUGAGGUGGAAUUCCAGUGCAUCGAUGAGACCGCCUUGCAGGCCAUCGUUGAGUAUGCCUACACUGGCACAGUGUUUAUCUCCCAGGAAACAGUGGAAUCUCUGCUACCGGCUGCCAACUUGCUCCAGGUUAAGCUAGUACUUAAGGAGUGCUGCUCCUUCUUAGAGAGCCAGCUGGAUGCCGGGAACUGUAUAGGCAUCUCCCGCUUUGCAGAGACAUAUGGCUGUCAUGAUCUGUGCCUAGCUGCAACUAAGUUCAUCUGUGAGAACUUUGAAGAGGUUUGUCAGACAGAGGAGUUUUUUGAACUGACAAGGGCCGAGUUGGACGAAAUUGUGUCCAAUGACUGCCUUAAGGUGGUCACAGAGGAGACUGUGUUUUACGCCCUGGAAUCGUGGAUCAAAUACGAUGUAACUGAGAGACAGCAGCAUCUGGCUCAGCUGCUGCACUGUGUUCGCCUUCCACUCCUCAGCGUCAAAUUCCUCACUCGCCUAUAUGAAGCCAACCACCUUAUACGGGAUGACCAUGCGUGCAAGCACCUGCUCAACGAGGCCCUCAAAUAUCAUUUUAUGCCUGAGCACCGACUCUCCUAUCAGACUGUGUUGUCGGCACGGCCCAGGUGUGCUCCGAAGGUGCUGCUUGCAGUUGGAGGCAAGGCUGGACUGUUUGCCACAUUAGAAAGCAUGGAAAUGUAUUUUCCUCAGACAGACUCGUGGAUAGGACUGGCCCCUCUCAGUGUGCCACGAUACGAGUUUGGUGUAGCAGUGCUGGACCACAAGGUGUACGUGGUGGGGGGCAUCGCCACGCACAUGAGACAGGGCAUUAGCUAUCGGAGACACGAGAGCACAGUGGAGAGCUGGGACCCAGAAAGCAACACCUGGUCCUCGGUGGAGCGCAUGGCAGAGUGCCGCAGCACUCUCGGGGUGGUGGUCCUGGCUGGAGAGCUGUACGCCCUGGGAGGCUACGACGGCCAGUAUUACCUCCAGUCAGUGGAGAAAUAUGUCCCUAAGUUGAAGGAGUGGCAGCCAGUGGCACCCAUGACAAAAUCCCGCAGCUGCUUUGCCACAGCUGUGCUGGAUGGCAUGGUGUAUGCUAUUGGAGGCUACGGCCCAGCCCACAUGAACAGCGUGGAGCGGUACGACCCCAGCAAGGAUGCCUGGGAAAUGGUAGCCCCCAUGGCAGAUAAGAGGAUCAACUUCGGAGUAGGCGUCAUGCUCGGCUUCAUAUUCGUGGUGGGUGGACACAAUGGAGUGUCGCACCUGUCCAGCAUUGAGAGGUAUGAUCCACACCAGAACCAGUGGACAGCCUGUCGACCAAUGAACGAACCACGCACGGGCGUGGGCUCUGCCAUCGUGGACAACUACCUCUAUGUGGUGGGAGGUCACUCCGGGUCAUCCUACCUGAACACUGUCCAGCGCUAUGACCCCAUCUCAGACAGCUGGUUGGACUCGAGCGGCAUGAUGUAUUGCCGCUGUAACUUUGGUCUGACAGCCCUUUGACCCAUGGCCCAGCCAGCUAGGACCCAAUAAGAGAACUUAGACACAAAGACUUUUCUUUUUUGUUGUCUCCUCCUUCUUCCCCACAUUCAUCCUCCAGGUGUAGAGGAGCGCUGCACACCGACGGGAACACCAGAGGAGAGAGAGAGGGGGGGAGAGCCUGCUGGGUGGAUGGAUGUGCCGGGCUAGCUCACUGGCUAGAGAGGGAACCACAGACAUGGCUGCAGAGACGAAGAGCUAUGAAGUUGUGCGGAUAAGAAAGGAAGGUGAUCGGACGGCUGCUGUCACGGGCACAAGGAGACGACCGCUCUACUGCUGCUGGACCACAAUGAGGACUCUGAGCCAUUUCCCAGAGGAUUGUGGGAGAAAUCUUGUCACUUUUUGUUUCAAAAUUCUCUGUCACGUUAGCAGACAUUGUAUUUUUGUUCUCCUACAUGCCAUUAAUUGUGUUUAACACUUAAAUCUUUUUUUUAUUUCCCUGCUGCAACCGGAAACCAUGUGUUCGAAAUUUUGUAGAACACCGCAGUUUGCUUGUGUAUUUGUAUGAAUAUGUGGUUGUUGGCCAUGUAGUGUGUAUGUCCAUGUGUGUAUGCUCGAGGGGUACGUGCAUGUCAGAUAGGAUUGUUUUGUUACGUGUUUGCGUGCGGAACUGAUGCUCGGGCUCAGCGACACAGGAGUUCUGCAUCAAAAUCAGUGCUUCACAAAACAGAGAAAAGUUGGAAUCUUUAUAUUUUCUCAAAAAGGGCUGCCUUUUUCUCUCUUGUAAAUGGUCUAAAUGAAAUAUAUAGAUAUGAAUAUAUCCUCUAGUGCAUUGCCUGUAAAUGUUUUUCUGCACUGGGUCACUAGUGUGUGCGCGAAUGUGUGUGUAGUUCGAUUCCAAGGGUCAACGUAGAGGUGAAUGACGAAUUCUCCUGAGAGUGUUUGCCACCAGUUUCUGCUUCAUCCUCGGAGCCAUUUAAAAAUCCCCAUGUUCUAGCUUCUGUUACAUCUUCCUAAGGUCAGGUCAUGCACUUGCUACUCUUCACAAUAGUUGAAAUCGACCUUGGCCCUCUUUCCACCCUUUGGUCUGUACACAAUACCAACUGGUGCUAUAUUUAGGAUUCAGGAUUCAGCUGUUUGUCUGUGUUGCCUCACACAAUUAGGUCAGCCUCUGUUCAGCCUUUGCUACAUUACUGCGUUAGAUGUUUAGUCAUUUGAUUUAUGUGCAUUUAAAUGCGUAAAAUCCAAAUGGCCCCCAACCAUGCAAUAAAAUCAAGUCUUACUGAAAGGGAAGCCUGUGGUUGGUCAACCACAAACUUCUGUCCUCAUGAUUCCCCAAAACUCCUAAAAUUGGCACUAUAUUUGGUUUGACUUUUGCUUUUUUAUCAUUUAAAAUAUGUCCUUAUUAAUGUUUCCUUCACAUUGGCCCUGUUGCAGGAUAUGAGCAUGCUUUGCCAUUGACUCUAUGCCUGCUGCCAGUACAAUGUCACUCUCUUAGCUAUGAACAAGACUCUUUUCUGCUGAUCUGACACCUGGUCUUUGCGCGCGCCAACCCAUCACCAAACGUGAACCUCAUGUGGCCAAGGUCUUGCUUGCAAGCUCAGGUUUGAGGUCAUUUGUUCUCAACUUCAUGUAAAGUGCCAAAACAUGACAAGAUUUUUUUUUCUUCUUUUUUUUCCUCACCGCCCUAGCGUUAAAAAUCAUACACCCCCCGCGUGCCACAACUGAAACCCUCUCCUCUCGUCCUUACUGCUAAUGUAUUAGCAUUACUUCUUCCAUACUUUCAUAUAUGGAGAUGGACGAUAGAGCACUAAGGGCUGUGCUAGCCAACCCGGGCCAAGUUGUCACUGUCACCAGUCCUGUGUCCUGGGAGAGAAACCAGACUAGCAGACUCUGAGUGCUCUCUCACGGUGUGUUUGACCCCCCCAGGCUGGCUGAGGGCACAGCCUCGGGGCACGACUGACGGGGACAGGUCAAGCAACGCACAGCAAUAGAGGGGGCACUAGACUAGGAAAAGGCUAGGGUGCGAUGUGUCUUUGUUGAGCCACUGUUCAUGUUUGAGUCGAGUUUGAGUUGCUGUGUGCACUGAUGUUUGCACAUAAUGUGGAAACUUUAACCAAGCUCUGCAUUGCACUUACCAAACUAUUUGAUACAUAUUGUAAUUUGUACAUAUGUUUUAAUUUAGGCUAAUGGCAUUUAGAUAAUGCAAUAAGACUUCUGUUCCCUGUGUGGAUGAAUACGUUUUGUGUUUGUCUCUUUUUAAAAAGCCAAGGCAUUUCAUAUUGCUGUAACAGACCCCCCCCCCCCAGCAUGUCUGUUGAUUCACACUGUUGGCUGGUAACAUGGACGUCUAACAAAACAUCAAAUGGUACCACUGACUUUGCCUCAUCCUACCAGACAUCUUGUGUUUGUUGCGCAUGCUGGUUCAUUUCUACAAGGCUUAUGUUUAUCGAGGCAGAUUCUAAUUGAUAGCUCACAAUUUUAUUAAUUAAUGGCUAAACUGAGGUAUAUACCUUUUAAAAAAAAUCCACCACAUACAUAGUCUUGUAAACACUAGACAGGACGUGUGCUCUUCCACUUUGCUCUUGUACUCUAAAACUAAUGUGAUAGAUGAGAACUUUAAUGACAUUUGCCUUGCAUAUACUGGUCAGGGUGUCACUGGUGAGACUUUUAGUUUGUUGCAGAUUGUUGGCAUCACCAUAUUUCCUUUCAAUUUCUGCUUUAUUUUGAAAGUGUAAACAACCCAAUCUGUAUUCCUGCAAAUAUGUCAUUUUAUUUUAGAAAGAUGUGAAUGUUUUUUUUUUUUUUGGUAUUUAUAAUUUGUACUGUUUAUGUUCUGUAACCUGAUUUGUUUUCUGUCUAUUGUAAUAGAUGUUGUCAGUCACUUUACCACAGCCACAGCACAAAUCACGCUGGCGUAAUUCUGUGCUGCUGCCAUGAUUCAUCUAGCAUCAAUGUGUUAUGUGUAAUGUCAUGAUUUCUGAGGUGUAUACUAACUACUACUUUACUGAAUUUUGGAGAGAGGCUGACGAAAAAAAUCUGCAAACGUGAAUCUGCAAAAGGAAAGGGAUGUUGAAAUUGAGUUUGUACGCAUUUUUUUUAAUUAUGGCCUAACCAAUGUCAUGUUUUUGCCACCACUCUCACCAAAGUGCUUGUUCAACAAAGAGAGCAGAUGGACGACUAACACCUGGUCUGCAACAGCCUGCCACUCUAAUGUUUGUGUCUGAGAGAAAAAAAUCCUUUGAAACUGAUGUCAAUGUUAGCCAAAUGACCACUCUGCUUCUUUUUACAUUUCCCAUCGUGUGUCUGGAGUUAAGGUGACGAUCUUGAAUUUUAUAUCCUGUGGAUUAAUACUGGAAGUUACAAGAUAACCUUAGGUGUAGAAACAGUAGCUUUUCACAUUUUAUCAUGUUUUGAUUGAAGACAUUUUACAUACAUUUUAGUCAGUUUGUGUGGUGCAGUUGUACCCAGUUUAAAAUAAAUGCCUGCCUUAAAAGGUAA